GGCCUAUCUGCAAGGAUUCUGCUCCGUGAAGGCAACGAAAGGAGGUGAGUCCGGGAUGUCCUCUUCGGAAGGGACGCUGAGCCGCUGAGAUUCGGGAGUCCACGCUGGGCCUGUUUGGCUGGGCGUCGGAGCGGGUCGGAGAAUUCAGUCAUGUUCCCCAACGCGGCGAUGCGCUCUUUGCGCAGGAACAAGACCCUUCGCUACGGAGUCCCUAUGUUGUUGCUGAUUGUUGGAGGAUCUUUCGGUCUUCGUGAGUUUUCACAAAUCCGUUAUGAUGCUGUGAAGAUUAAAAUUGAUCCUGAAUUAGAAAAAAAGCUGAAAAUGAAUAAAAUGUCAUUGGAAUCAGAGUAUGAGAAAAUAAAGGAUUCCACUUUUGAUGACUGGAAGAAUAUUCGAGGACCCAGGCCUUGGGAAGAUCCUGACCUCCUCCAAGGACGAAAUCCAGAAAUCCUUAAGACUAAGACAACUUGACAAUGCUGAUUCUUUUUUUUUUUUUUAAAUAAAAAUGUUAUCAACUGGAAUUUCCUCUACAUACUCCUACCCAGUUGGGGGAAAAAAAUUCCAGACCUGCAGAAGCCUGGAUGUGAAUAAUUUGGUGAAAAAUACUCUUGGUAAAGAGUUAAGUAUGGGUUUUUAUUCUUACCAACUCUUCCAUUUUCAAGUGAAAGUAAUAAUGUUGACCAUAUAUAUUUUCUACUGCUCAGUAAAAAUAUGAAUACUUAAAGA